UUGUUUGAGCUGAGAGUACGUACGUGGCGCAAUGGCUGAAGGAGAACGUCUUCCCAUGAUGGAUCUGAUGCGAUCAGAGCCAAUGCAAUUAGCUCGUGUCAUCAUUCCCGUUGAAUCUGCUCAUCGUGUCAUUUCCUAUCUUGGUGACCUCGGCCUUUUCCAGUUUAAAGAUCUCAACAUGGAAAAGAGUCCAUUCCAGAGGACGUAUGCUACUCAGAUUAAAAGGUGUGGAGAGAUGGCACGCAAGCUACGGUUCUUCAAGGAUCAAAUGUAUAAGGCCGGGCUUUCCCCAUCAAAGUCAGCAUAUAGCUCAGUCAUUAGUCUAGAUGAAUUAGAGGUUAAACUUGGAGAGCUUGAAGGCGAGCUGGUAGAGAUGAACGGAAACUCUGAAAAGCUACAACAUGCUUAUAAUGAACUUUUAGAAUACAGACUUGUUCUGCAGAAGGCGGGUGAGGUUUUUAGUUCUGCUCAAAAGAGGGCUACAGUUCAGCAUAGAGAACAAGAACAUCGGUGUAUUGAAAGAUCAAUCGACAGUCCUCUGCUAUUAGAACAAGAAAUGACAACCGAUUUGUCAAAGCAAGUUAAGCUGAGGUAUGUCAGUGGUCUGGUUCCCAGAGAUAAAUCAAUAGCUUUUGAAAGGAUCCUGUUCCGUGCAACAAGGGGUAACGUGUUCUUAAAGCAAGAAUCCAUUGAAGAACCUGUCAUUGAUCCAGUGUCGGGGCAUAAGGUGGAGAAAAAUGUUUUUAUUGUGUUUCAUUCUGGAGAAAGGGCAAAAAGCAAGGUCUUGAAAAUAUGUGAUGCAUUUGGAGCAAACCGUUACCCAUUCACUGAUGACCUAGGAAAACAACAUCAGAUCAUUACAGAGGUGACUGGAAAGCUUUCAGAGCUAAAAACGACUAUUGACGUUGGAGAACAUCACUGGAGAAGUGUGGUAGAGGCUAUUAGUCAUCAAUUUGAACAUUGGAACAAUCUGGUCAAGAAAGAGAAAUCCAUUUACCACACGUUGAAUAUGCUAAGUUUUGAUGUGACAAAAAAGUGCCUUGUGGCAGAAGGUUGGUGUCCUACGAUUUCUACAAGUCAGAUUCAAAACACAUUGAUGCAAGCGACCAUCGACAGUAACUCACAGGUUGGGGCCAUAUUUGAGAUUCUGCAUUCUAAGGAAUCACCGCCUACUUUUUUCCGCACAAAUAAGUUUACAUCUGCAUUUCAAGAGAUUGUAAAUGCUUAUGGGGUGGCCAAGUAUCAAGAGGCGAAUCCUGGUGUGUACACAGUUGUUACUUUUCCGUUCCUGUUUGCUGUCAUGUUCGGAGAUUGGGGACAUGGUAUAUGCUUGUUUCUUGCGACACUAAUUCUUAUUCUGAGGGAAAAAACAUACUCCACUCAGAAACUAGGAGAUAUCAUGGAGAUGGCGUUUGGUGGCCGUUAUGUUAUCAUAAUGAUGUCAAUAUUUUCAAUAUACACGGGACUGAUAUAUAAUGAGUUCUUUUCUGUUCCAUAUGAAUUUUUUGGUCCUUCUGCCUAUGUCUGCCGUGAUUCGUCCUGCAGGGAUGCCACUACUGUUGGAUUGAUUAAGGAGCGAAACACUUAUCCAUUUGGUGUUGAUCCCAUAUGGCAUGGGACCCGCAGUGAAUUGCCAUUUCUUAACUCACUGAAGAUGAAAAUGUCAAUCUUACUAGGAGUUGCUCAGAUGAAUCUUGGAAUCAUUUUGAGCUAUUAUAAUGCCAAGUUUUUCCACAAUGACAUAGACAUCUGGUACCAAUUCAUCCCGCAGAUGAUAUUCUUGAAUAGUUUGUUUGGCUACCUUUCAUUACUCAUUAUCGUGAAAUGGUGCACUGGUUCACAAGCUGAUCUUUACCACAUAAUGAUAUAUAUGUUCCUCAGUCCCAUGGACGAUUUGGAGGACAAUCAGCUAUUUAUCGGCCAGAAGUAUCUCCAGUUACUGCUGUUAUUGAUGGCACUUGUUGCCGUACCAUGGAUGCUGAUUCCAAAGCCAUUUCUUUUGCAGAAGCAACAUGAGGAAAGACACCAAGGUGAAACCUACGAACCACUUGGAAAUGUCGAUGACACUAUUGAACCAGAUCCAAAUGAGAGGUCACAUAGCGGACAUGAGGAAUUUGAGUUCGGUGAAGUUAUGGUGCAUCAGCUAAUACAUACUAUCGAGUUUGUUCUUGGUUCAGUAUCUAACACUGCAUCAUACCUACGUCUGUGGGCUCUAAGUCUAGCGCAUUCAGAGCUUUCUAGUGUAUUUUAUGAGAAGGUUCUGCUUCUGGCCUGGGGAUACAACAGUACGGUGAUACUUGUAAUUGGCAUUAUCGUAUUCAUUUUUGCGACAGUUGGUGUGCUCUUGGUAAUGGAAACUUUGAGUGCAUUCCUGCAUGCCCUCAGACUUCACUGGGUAGAAUUCCAGAACAAGUUCUAUGAGGGAAAUGGCUACAAAUUCUCCCCUUUUUCAUUUGCUUUAAUUCCCAACGAUGAAGAGUGAUAAAACAAUUUUUGAAGCUUCAGUUGCUUGAUUUUAUUGACGCGUCCAAUUGCUGCUACAACAUGCAAUGAGAUGAGACCAGAGGUUGGCCCGUUGCUCGAAAAUCUUAUUUCUGUUUUUAAAUUGUUCUUUCGUCUAUGU